UCCCAAAAAUUGUUGAAGAACCUGUCAAAAGUCCCAGGUAAGUUAUUGAAGAAACUAGCAUUCCAGUUGAAAGUGCUGACAUUUUGGCUGCAAUAUAUUCAGAAUUUAAAAAAGUGCUACAUACAACCCUUCCUGAUUAGAUAUCGUUCAAAAUACCAUGCAAAACCAGCUGUCAGUAGAGCAGCCGACUUGAGAAAGACAGGAAUUGUUGAAGAGCCAAAAGAAAUUAAAAAAUUCGAGCAUCGUACAUUUGGUGUGGCAUGUGUACCACAAACUCCACCCACUGAGUUUCUGAAAAAGAAAAGUCGAAUACAACCACCAAGACCUGAUAUAAAACAUGUACAUUACAAGCGUCCCGGAUAUCCACAGUCCCUCCCAGCUUGGGUAGCAGUAAAACGUCUGCCUAAAAAAGAUAUUCCCGAUCUACCACAAGAUCCAGUUCAAACAGCUCGCAAGAAUUUCAGGCAACAAAACAUCAUAAAUGUUAAAAGAUCACGACCCAAACAACCCCGGAAACGGUAUGUGGAUACUAGAUAUGGCUCCACAUACGAUCUGGAACCUAGUGGUCUACUGCCUAUUUACAUUCACAGGAAGGAUUAUGGACAAAUCCCCAAAUUUGUAUCAAAAACUAUCAAACACUCUGCCAAGAAAGAGCCUGAAGCAAAAGAUCCUCAGCCUCUUUGUCGUUACGUCACCGCACCUGAACGAGAAGCUCUUCUCCAAGGGAUGAAGAAAAAGUGGGAAGAAUUGGAAAAAGAGUUUCAAUGUCUACCAUUUGUGAUUGAUACGCUGCCCAGAGUUACCAGAAAGACUCAAAUGGAGGAGGCCUUGAAGCAGCUGGAAAAAGAUAUUGACAUUAUAGAAAGACAUCCUUACAUAUACGUCUACAGUGACAGUGAGGAAGACUGAUGCUGUGGACUCAUAAUUGUCUAGAGUUGACUUUAAACAAUAAAAAUUAAUGGACUUACGCCAGCAUAAUUAAAUGCAAUGUCAUAGGUGACAAAAAUUGAACCAGAGUAAUGAUACAUUGGAAUUUUCAGUCAUCAUCCAACGUUUUUUUGGUCAUAAUGAGAGCCACUUAUACAAAAAAUGUUUAUCUCAUUGAGGAAAUACAUGUUUAGUGUUGGCGUACAAUAAUGAAUCUACUACAACUUUUUGUUUUACUAAAU